GUCACCCCUUUGCUUUCAUCGCUCUCUGGCGGACAUUUCCACGUCCCAUCCUCUCCCUCGCUUUAUUUAUUUAAGCAAAGCCAACAACCCCCUUCCCCUACCAAAAAACACUUCUUCCGAAGCCCAAAAACACCACCACCAAAAUGGCCUUGGCUACACAACCAGCCACCAACUUCUUCAACAAAAAGAACCCUUUACUCAAUAGCUUCUCUACAAAACAACCCAAAACAUCAACACGGUCUUUAGUUAUCAGAAACUCCGUGACUGUGGCUCCACCAUCAACGGUCAGGAUUGCUAAAGAAUGCAAGGUGAAGUCAGUGAAGGCGAGGCAGAUCAUUGAUAGCAGAGGGAAUCCUACCGUUGAGGUUGAUCUCGUCACUGAUGAUCAGCUUUACCGAUCGGCUGUACCAAGUGGGGCUUCUACUGGGAUCUAUGAGGCUUUGGAACUUAGAGAUGGAGAUAAAAGUGUUUAUGGUGGCAAGGGUGUGCUUAGUGCUGUUCAAAAUGUUAAUAACUUUUUGGGUCCUAAGCUUCUUGGUGUUGAUGUCAGAAAUCAAGCUGAUGUGGAUGCUAUAAUGCUGGAUAUUGAUGGAACUCCAAAUAAGGCAAAAUUGGGUGCUAAUGCUAUUCUUGGAGUAUCCCUGAGUGUGUGCCGGGCUGGUGCAGGGGCCAAGGGAGUUCCAUUGUAUAAACACAUCCAGGAAAUAUCAGGAACCAAGGAGCUUGUUAUGCCUGUUCCAGCUUUUAAUGUCAUUAAUGGAGGCAGUCACGCUGGAAAUAAUCUGGCCAUGCAAGAAUUUAUGAUUCUGCCUGUAGGUGCGACCAAUUUCGCCGAAGCACUCCGAAUGGGCAGCGAAGUGUAUCAUACACUGAAGAAAAUUAUUGAGAAAAAAUAUGGACAAGAUGCUUGCAAUGUUGGAGACGAGGGGGGAUUUGCUCCCAAUGUUCAGGAUAACAGGGAAGGACUAGUUUUGCUCAUGGAUGCGAUUGAAAAGGCUGGAUACACAGGAAAGAUCAAGAUAGGAAUGGACGUUGCUGCUUCAGAGUUUCUCAAAGAUGGAAAAUAUGAUUUGAACUUUAAAAACCAACCAAAUGAUGGAGCUCAUGUGCUCUCAGCCCAAAGCCUUGGUGACCUCUACAAGGAUUUUGUCAAGGAAUUCCCUAUUGUGUCUAUUGAAGAUCCCUUUGACCAGGAUGAUUGGAAUUCAUGGGCUUCACUACAAUCUUCAGUUGAUAUCCAGAUUGUUGGAGAUGAUUUGUUGGUCACAAAUCCAAAGAGAAUCGCUGAGGCAAUUCAGAAAAAGGCUUGCAAUGGCUUGCUACUGAAGGUUAACCAGAUAGGUACAGUGACUGAAUCCAUUAGAGCAGCACUUGACUCCAAAGCUGCAGGUUGGGGUGUGAUGGUCAGCCAUCGUAGUGGUGAAACUGAGGAUAACUUCAUAGCUGAUCUUUCUGUUGGCUUGGCCAGUGGACAGAUCAAGACUGGAGCUCCUUGCAGAAGUGAGCGGUUGGCCAAGUAUAAUCAGCUUCUGCGCAUUGAAGAGGAACUUGGAAAUGUGCGAUAUGCUGGUGAAGCUUUCAGAUCCCUUUAAGGAUAUUUUGUGGAAAAGGAACUGGAUCAAAUUUAGCGUCAUGAAAUUCCAGAGCUACAAGUUAAGUGGACCUGGAAAGUCUAGUGAGAUUUUUGACCUAACCAGUCAGCAUGUAUGCCAAUUAGAAACAAUUUCCUGAUCAGCUUGGCAUUUUAACUUCUAAAUGUUGAUGGGAACAAUUGUGCCUCGGAAUAAGAAAGUUUAGCUGGUAUGAGUUAGAAAGCUGAACUCGGUUAUAUGUGACUUUGUGAGUUGGUUCCAGAUCUGUACUGCUGCUGUUUCUAUGUUGUCUUAUAUAAUAAGAAGUUUCUUUGCUAUCUAAA